AUGUCGAGGAAAAGAAAAAUCGACUCUGAGUGCAGGGUAUUUAAUCAACAGUGGACCUCUGACUACCUUUUUGUGCAAUGUAAAGAAAAGGCUGUUUGUCUCAUAUGCCAGGAGUCAGUCGCCGUGUUUAAGGAAUACAACCUGCGCCGCCAUUAUGAAUCGCGCCAUAAAGACAAGUUCAGCUUUCUGACGGGGCAGGUGAGGACAGACAAAAUAGCAAAACUGAAACAUGAGUUGGAGACUCAGCAAAAUUCUUUUAUAAAGCAAAAACACCUAAAUAUAUCAUCAGUUCGAGCUAGCUUUCAAGUGGCCAAGCUAAUAGCUAGCAGUGGAAAGCCGUUCACCGACGGAGAGUUUGUAAAACAGUGCCUGACGGCGGUUGUCAAGGAGAUGUGCCCAGAAAAGGCGGACCUGUUCAGCGCGGUGAGUCUAUCCGCACCCACAGUUACACGGAGAGUAGAAGAAAUGGGCGACAAUUUGCACCUUCAACUGCAAACUCAGACAAAAAGACUUUGCUCCUUUUCACUGUCUCUUGACGAAAGCAACGAUGUGCGUGACACGGCGCAACUGUUGAUUUUCAUCCGCGGAACUAAUGAUAAGUUCGAAGUCACAGAGGAGCUUGCUGGACUACAAAGCAUCAAGGGAACGACAACAGGAGAGGACAUCUACAGGAAAGUUCACCAAACGGUGGCGGAUUUAGAUCUGGACUGGGCUAAAUUAGUGAGUGUGACAACGGAUGGUGCGCCGAGCAUGGUGGGUUCUAUGAAAGGAGUGAUAGCGCGUAUCAACAGAGAAAUGAGUGAACGCGGCCAUCCUCGUCUGAUCGCCAUACACUGCUUGAUCCAUCAACAAGCACUCUGUUGCAAAGCAGUUAAGUGGGAUUCUGUCAUGGAAAUUGUGGUGUCCUGUGUUAAUUUCAUCAGAGCUCAUGCUCUUAACCACAGGCAGUUUCAGGAUUUUUUGUCUGAGCUAAAUGCUGAUUACGAAGAUGUGCUGUACCACACUGAGGUCCGCUGGUUGAGUCGAGGUCGAGUUUUGAAACGUUUCAAUGACCUGCUCCCCGAGAUCAACACGUUUAUGCUGUCCAAAAACAAAGCUGUGCCAGAACUCACCGAUGAAGAAUGGAAAUGGCACCUUGCUUUCUUAACAGAUGUAACCGACCUACUCAACAGUCUUAAUGUGCAGCUCCAAGGCAAGGGAAGACUCAUCAGUGACAUGCAUUCGUAUGUAAAGGCGUUUGAAGUAAAACUGGGUCUCCUCCUUAAACAUGUGAAGGAGAAAAAUUUCUGCCAUUUUCCCACUACACAGAAACGGGCAGCUGAGGUGCCUUCACUUGGAUUCCCGGCUGAAAAAUGUGCGGAGGCCUUGGAAAUUUUGCAAUGCAAAUUUCAGGUGAGAUUUCAAGAGCUUCAUGCCCACGCCAAAGACAUUCGUCUUUUCCAGAAUCCCUUUGCUGCAGACAUUGACUGCAUCGAUCCAAUUUACCAGCUGGAACUGGCUGAACUACAAAAUUUUGACAACCUUAAAGACGUAUUCAAGUCCAGCACUUUGGUUGAUUUCUAUGCCUCUCUUCCCGGUGAGACGUACCCAAAUCUACACACACUCAAAAUGACAACAAUUUUUGGGAGCACCUACAUCUGUGAGCAGACUUUUUCCAGGAUGAAACAGCUCAAGUGUCCAACGAGAUCCAGACUCUCUGAUGAACAUUUGCAUCACUUGUUACGACUGACGGUAACAAACAUGGAACCUGACAUUGACAGUCUUGUCAGCCAGAAGCAAGCUCACAGUUCGCAUUAA